GUGACAAGCACCCGCCCAGUGACAAGCACCCGCCCAGAGACAAGCACCCGCCCAGUGACAAGCACCCACCCAGGUGUUCACGGUCGAAGCAAGGUACUAGGUACUGACUUAAUCUGUAGAUCUCAUCGAUUAUAGAAGUCGACAUGUCGCGUGAGGACGAGAAUGAGGCAGUUAGCAAGGUGCAGAGUCAGCUUAAUAAUAUAGCCUCAGCCAGUGUCAACCAAAACAAGCAGGUAGUGAACAUGCUGGUGAGUGAGCUAAGCCUUCGCCUGCAGGAUGAGACGGGGAUUCUCAAGGGCGCCACCAUCAAGCACUCCGGCAGUGCUUAUGAGAACCUGGCCAUUGAUAAAAAUGCUGAUUUUGACUUGAUCCUAGAGCUCGGGAAGCCUUUCGUCAGUGGAAACUUUCAGAUUACUCAAGCUCGUCAGUUUAAGUAUAUUCACUUCAGACUGCAUAAUAAGAUGACUAUAUCCAAAAAGAGCAAGAAAAAGAUGUUCUGCAGCAACAAGGGCAAUCUGAAAACUGAAGAACUUCGAUAUCAUAUUUUUGAAAGGUUGGAUGAGAUUUUGCAUACCAUCGACUUGAAAGAUGUAUCAGCUGUAGCAUUUCCGAAGUUGGCAGCCAUGCAGGUGAACCUUCGCAUCAAAAAUGGAUCAAAAGUUGAGUUGGAUCUUACUCCACAGAUCGUUGGAUUUAGUAAACAUUAUUUCCUGUUUCCAGCCUGUACAUGGGAUGAAUGUCCAGGUCUUGUGCCCAGGAAUAACCUUCCUCCCUGUCUCAAUGAGUAUAUUGAAAGUAACACCAAACACAACUCGCCGAUUUUGUAUUUCACUCCAGCAAUAUUAACGGCUCAAAGGCCCUUACAUUAUGGCAUCUGCAGCAUGGUCAGCUUUUCUCUCUUGGAGAAACAGUUUCUUAAAAAAGAAGCAAAUAUCCAUGACAUGGUAAGAUUGGCCAAAGUAAUCAAAGAUAAUCGAAGUUGGACAGCAAAGUUUGGACUAAAAUCUUUUCACCUGAAGCGGAUGGCCAUCAAGUAUGCAUCAUCACUGAGGACCAAGGCAACCUGGGACGGUGUAAAAGCUCUUCUGGGAUUCUUGGAGCAGGAGCUGAGAACACAAGGAGGGUUAACUGACUGUUUCGUUAUGAGACACUUUAUAUAUUAUGUAAAGAAAAACGCAAAAAUAAAUUCGUUUCAACGUGAACUGAUGCAAGCACAGUUGUGGUUACCAGAGAUGCUGCUCUUGGUCUGAAGACAGAAGAAUCAAGCAAAGAUAUGUGUAUUUUGUUAUUCAUGAUAUUUAGAUUUGGUUGAUUUUUAAAAUAUAACAUAUGCAAAUUGUCAUCCACACUUCCGUGGAAAUAAACAAUCAAUUGACCUGGACUGUAUGGGUCUCGAACCAUGUACCACUCGCGUGUGAGGCCGUGGACCCCACGUGUGUGAGGCCGUGGACCCCACGUGUGUGAGGCCGUGGACCCCACGUGUGUGAGGCCGUGGACCCCACGCGUGUGAGGCCGUGGACCCCACGUGUGUGAGGCCGUGGACCCCACGUGUGUGAGGCCGUGGACCCACGUGUGUGUGAGGCCGUGGACCCCACCCGUGUGAGGCCGUGGACCCCACGUGUGGGAGGCCGUGGACCCCACGCGAGUGAGGCCGUGGAUCCCACGUGUGGGAGGCCGUGGACCCCACGUGUGUGAGGCCGUGGACCCCACGUGUGUGAGGCCGUGGACCCCACCCGUGUGAGGCCGUGGACCCCACCCGUGUGAGGCCGUAGCACUAUCAACUCUACUAUGAAUAGUCUUAAACAUUAAAUGUUCCAGACCCAUACAGUGCCCGUGAACGGAAUAUAACAUAUGUAUUGUGGGAUUGAAUAGUAAAGUUAAUUCUUACCUUAAAGUAAUUGACAUAUAUAAGUGACAACAAAAUUAAAUACAAUUACCACUAAAACACUUAAUUUAUCUUUGUUGUCUAUCUAUGAUUAAAAUAUUGUUUAUAUAUCAUACAUUUCUCGAUACAUUAUGUAUUUUUUUAACAGUUUUUCUUUGUGAGUGGUUAGUAUAAACUGUUUUAUAAAUGAUUAUAAGUAACUGUUAACACAUAAGUAGAGGCUGCAUAUUUUACAUUAUGAUAGGAAAAUUUUAUAAACAAAACCAUAUACUGUAAAGCUGACACCAAAACUAAGACUACAUAUAGACUGUCAAGGUACAUCUCCUGUUCUAAUGUAGGUGUACAUGAUGUGUUCAUACUGAUAUAUGCCAAACGUGAUCUGCUUAGUAGACAUGUUAAGAGUCAUGAGAGUGAAGAUGCCUAUUAUCACAGGUAUAAAAUGUCCUGAAGACUGGCACUUUAUAUCUCUACUACAUCUAAGCGAUGUGUGACAAUGAUUGAGACAACUCUUUCCUCAAUUAACAGUGGCUCUGACACCAUCGUAUUCGGUGAUGUAAUUGCAAGACAUAUUAAUUUAAAGGAUGAUCAAACAAGCAGACAUGAUUCAAUGUUGUUUAAAUUCCUUAAUAAGAAUAACACAACAGCAUAUGAUCUCAACAUGUGUAACACCGCCCACCUUAGGGGGUGGAAUAGUUUGUACAAGCGCUAAUAACUGCUCACUUUGCCAUAUUAAGUGCAUGCACCUUCAAAGCCGUCAAAUCUCAACAUUAUAUUAGAAAACAGAUAAUAUCUUUGACAACCUACACAUGCACAUUGAGUAAAACAUAUGAUUAAUAUCAAUUCCACAUAUUUAUAUAUGAUAAUGCAUUAUAAUAAUAAUAAUAAUUCAUUAUGUCAGGGGACAGGAAGCCAGUUUAUAUAUACAGUACAUGUUAGGCUUAUAUCGUGGUCCCACUCAAAGUCGAACUACUCCCCCUCCCCCAGGAUGCAGCCCCACAACAAGCUUACUAACUCCUGGUUACCUGCUUACUGCUUGGUGAACAGGCGCAUUAGGUCAGAGAGAACAUUUCCAACCAUUUCUGUUCUGUCCGGGAUUCGAACCAGGAAUUCUCGAUUGUGAGUCGAGAACGAACCCGACUAUUACCGGAACCUUAUAUAAUGACCUUUUUAAUUAAAAAUGUCAAUGUAUUAUGUGAUGACCUUGUUAAUGAAGUAACAAACUGCUAUGAUAUUUGGCUGGAAACUAAUUGGUCAAAAACUAAAUAUAGAGGAGAACAAAGGUUUGAGACUAGCACAGGAGUUGAGGGAUGAUAAGUAAUCUAUUAUCACAACAGUAUAGAGCACUCAAAACAACUAAUAUCACAACAGUAUAGAGCACACAAAACAGCUAUUAUCACAACAGUAUAGAGCACAUCAUA